UUACUGAAAAUAUUCUUCCUGGAAGGACACAAUUUACCUCCAAGGCAAAAGAUGUUGACAUUAAAAAUGUUCAGAUGACAAUCACUUCAAACGUAGCAGAAGAUUGUUAGUUAAAAUCCAGUUUGCAAUUGAUAUGCUACUUAAAACAUAGACUUAGGUUAUGUCAGAAAAGGAAUUGUCAGAUAUUGUAACGAGAACUGAGGAUUACCAUCCAAUGCAAGACGUUUUAGGAUCAGAGACAACAGAAGAUGUUGAACCUACACAGCAAAGAGUUAUAUACAUUAACGCUCCACAGCCAGUCAAAUACUGCAAUAAUAAAGUCAGCACCGCAAAAUACAGUUGGAUAUCUUUUCUACCCAAGUUUUUGUUUGAGCAGUUUAGAAGAUAUGCCAAUGUUUUCUUCCUUUUCAUAUCAUUACUACAGCAAAUACCGCAAGUAUCACCUACAGGAAGAUAUACCACAGCCUUGCCACUUCUGUUCAUACUGACAGUAUCAGCCAUUAAAGAAAUCAUAGAAGAUUAUAAAAGACACAGACAAGAUGAUGCUGUAAACAACAGGGAAGUCUUUGUGUUGAGGGAAGGACGUUGGACUUUGUUGAAAUGGACCCAGAUAAUAGUUGGAGAUCUUGUUAAGGUGACCAGUGGUCAGUUCUUCCCUGCUGACCUUAUAAUACUCUCAUCAAGUGAGCCUCAGGCUAUGUGUUAUAUAGAGACAGCUAAUUUGGAUGGAGAAACCAAUCUAAAACUUAGACAGGGGUUACCACAGACAGCUAAACUACUGACCCAUGAUGACUUACUGGAUUUGUCAGGAACAGUAGAAUGUGAGCUGCCUAACAGACAUUUAUAUGAUUUUGUGGGAAACAUCAGACCCUCUGGAAGACUAGCAAUACCAGUAGGACCUGACCAGUUAUUGUUGAGAGGAGCUAUGUUGAGGAACACUAAAUGGAUAUUUGGAGUAGUAAUCUACACAGGACAUGAAAGUAAAUUGAUGUUAAAUUCUACGUCAGCACCAUUAAAAAGAUCUAAUGUAGAACGUGUCACCAAUACUCAAAUCAUCAUACUAUUUAUCAUCCUGAUAGCGUUAGCCAUGAUAAGUACUAUAGCCAAUCAGAUCUGGACAAACUGGCAUCUCCACAAAGAUUGGUACAUGUUUUAUCAUGCUUUACCACCAAGUAAUUUUGGAUACAACUUUUUAACCUUCAUAAUUCUGUAUAACAACCUCAUACCUAUCAGCUUACAGGUUACAUUAGAAGUGGUCAAAUUUAUACAGGCAAUAUUUAUAAACUGGGAUUUAGAUAUGUAUUAUGCAGAAACAGAUACACCUGCAAUGGCUAGGACAUCAAAUCUGAAUGAGGAGUUGGGACAGGUGAAGUACAUAUUCUCUGAUAAGACAGGAACACUGACCAGAAAUGUAAUGGAAUUCAGGAAGUGUACUAUAGCAGGUAUCUGUUAUGGAAAUGAUGACGAAAGUAGCGAUAAGUUCAACGAUCAGUUGCUAUUAGAAAAUCUCAAGAAGAAUCAUGUGACAACUCCUAUUAUCAGAGAAUUCCUAACAUUGCUAUCUGUAUGUCAUACUGUUGUUCCAGAGACUAUCCAUGAGAAUGGUCAGACUUCUCUUGUAUAUCAAGCUUCAUCUCCAGAUGAGGCUGCCUUAGUUCAAGGUGCUAAGAUGUUAGGUUAUAUGUUUUCUGGUAGAACUCCACAAGGUGUUACUAUAAAAGUUGAAGGAAGAGAAGAAAGUUAUGACAUAUUAAAUGUUUUAGAAUUUACAAGUACUAGAAAAAGAAUGUCUGUGGUAGUGAGAACACCAGAUAAUAAAAUUAAACUGUACUGUAAAGGAGCUGAUACAGUUAUAUAUGAACGACUAGAAGAUAAACAAGCACACGGUGAGGUGACUUUAAAACAUUUAAAAGAAUUCGCUACUUUAGGUUUGAGAACAUUAUGUAUAGCUACUGCUGAUGUGUCAGAAGAAUUUUAUGAAGAUUGGAAACACACGUAUUAUAAAGCCAGUACUUCUAUCCAGAACAGGGAUAAAAAGUUAGAAGAGGCAGCAGAACUUAUAGAGAGGAAUCUCCAUUUACUCGGUGCUACAGCAAUUGAAGACAAACUUCAGGAGGGUGUACCAGACGCUAUUGCCAACUUAGCCAAAGCUGACAUUAAAAUAUGGGUAUUAACUGGUGACAAACAGGAAACAGCUAUAAAUAUAGGAUAUUCCUGCAAGCUUUUGACAGAAGAUAUGCCACUCAUUGUGAUUAAUGAACACAGCUUAGAUGGAACCAGGGAAGCUCUAAGAAAACAUGUAGAAGAAUUCGGAGAAUGUUUGAAGAAAGAUAAUGAUGUGGGUCUCAUUAUAGAUGGACAGACUUUGGAUCAUAUAUUUUCUGUGGUUGAACCUCAGGUCAAAGGGCCAAGAAUAAAAAGAAAGAGUUUGAAGUAUGGUUUAUCAUGUGACUGCAGACAAGAUUUUCUAGACAUAGCUAGAUCUUGUAAGGCUGUGAUCUGUUGUAGGGUAUCACCUUUACAGAAAGCAGAAAUAGUAGAACUAGUAAAAAAAUCAGUUAAAGCCAUCACAUUAGCCAUAGGUGAUGGGGCCAAUGAUGUUGGUAUGAUUCAGGCAGCUCAUGUAGGAGUAGGUAUAAGUGGUGUAGAAGGAUUGCAGGCAGCAUGUGCAUCAGACUACGCAAUAGCUCAGUUCCGAUUCCUGAACAAAUUACUUCUAGUCCAUGGAGCCUGGAGCUAUUCUAGACUGUGUAAACUUAUAUUAUACUCAUUUUACAAAAAUAUAUGUCUCUAUGUUAUUGAGUUUUGGUUUGCCAUUUCUAAUGGAUUCUCAGGACAAAUUUUAUUUGAGAAGUGGACCAUUGGGUUUUAUAAUGUGCUAUUCACUGCUGCACCACCGUUAGCUAUAGGUCUGUUUGACAGAAUAUGUAGUUCUGAAAGCAUGAUGAAGUUUCCAGCACUAUAUAAAGCCUCACAGCAAGCAGAACUCUUCAAUGUGAAGGUGUUCUGGAUGUGGAUCCUUAAUUCUAUAUUUCAUUCUAUUUUAUUAUUUUGGCUACCUGUCUUAUCUUUAAAACAUGAUGUAGCCUUUUCAGAUGGGAAAGUAGGAGAUUAUUUAUUUUUAGGAAAUUUUGUAUAUACUUAUGUAGUAGUAACUGUAUGUUUAAAAGCAGGAUUAGAAACCAGUGCUUGGACCUGGUUAACACAUUUAGCCACUUGGGGAAGUAUAGCCAGCUGGUUUUUAUUCCUCAUUGUAUAUAGCCAUGUAUAUAAAGUAGUAAAUCUGGCCCCAGAAAUGUUGGGAAUGGGGUCACAUGUUUUAGGAUGUUCCAUAUUUUGGAUGGGACUUUUCCUUAUACCAUUUACAUGUUUAAUCAGAGAUAUUGCUUGGAAAGCAUUAAAAAGAACUACACACAAGACAUUAAAGGAGGAGGUUCAGGAGAAAGAAAAGUUACAUGAAGAUCCCACUCCUAUAGUACUUAAACUGACUAAGAGAAGAUUAACAGAAACAGCAAGAUUGCUACGCAAUGUAUUCACUCGGUCACCAAGCAGGAUGACAACAGGACCUGACCAGCCUCCACCCUCACCUACACCAUCACGAGAUGUUACAGUCCAGUUGAUUCGUGAUGGUUAUGCUUUUUCACAAGAAGAACAUGGAGUAAUGGGACAGGCUGAAUUGAUCAGAUAUUAUGACAGUUCUAAAGAAAAACCAGAAGGAUUGUGAUCUACAGUCACAUCACUCUACAGAACUCCAGUAUUGUAUAAUAUGCUGUUGUAUCACUCCACAGAGCUAGCUCUGUAAGAACUAUGUAAAGUUCAGUAAAUUCAGCAUGGUGGAUAUGUUACUAUUAAAGAGAAAAUAGGAGUACAUCAAAAAAUUAUACAAUGGCAUUUUUAUCUUUAUUGUUAAUUAUUUUUAAUAUUAUUGAUUUUGCUUACUCUUUUUGAAACUUUUAUUUAAUGCAAAUAGUUAGAAUUCCAACUUCAUAUUCAGAUAAUUGAUAAAGAUAAAUUUAUUAGAAAUUAUUCGGAUCAAGCAUAAUAACUGAUGCUAUAAAUGAUUUAAGGCUAUAA